GGCUCUCAGCUCUCUGCCUGUUCAGUUAAGCGAGUAGCCGCGCCAUGGGUCAGAAGUGCUGCACAGACCGCAAGGAUGCGGGCAGCAGCGGCGGCGGCAGCAAGGACAAGCAGCCGGACUUGAGCUCACGCAAGUCAGUGGCAGGUGGCGGAUAUGACAACAAGAAGAGGGCCAUCUCCAUUGGGUAUCAUUCCAAAGGUGAUGAUUCUGAGAAGUUUGACAAGGCUUUUGAAACCAACGACUUGAAAGCCUUCGUCGAAUUGCUGGCUUCGCAGCAGGCCAUCGAGUCGUUCGAUGAGAGGAUGCACCCUUGGGCAGAGGAUCCAAAGACCGUGGGUGCACUUGCAGGAACGCAGCUUGCCAUCUUGGCGUCAGCUGCGGAGCAGGCGGAGGGGAACAAGCAGAUCAAGGAUGACAUCCGGAAGGCGGGGGCUAUCCCUCCACUCGUGGACUUCCUGAAGUCAGAUCAAAACGAUCGCGUGCAGACUGCCGUGGUGGCGCUCAGCUUCCUCACCGCCGACUGCCGUGACAACGUCGUAGCUGCCUACGAGGCAGGGGCCCUCGAGUUGAUGCUGAAGCUCGUGGACUCGAAGGUUGCCGGCGAACGCGCAGCUGCGGCCACAACUCUACGCAACAUUUGCAUGGAGGACGAUGUGUAUCGGAAGAAGUUUGUGGAGCUUGGAGGCAUUCAGGCAUUGGUGAACCAGCUGGACACCACCCCAGAUCCCUCCUUGAACCAUGCAGACGUGCAGCUGGAGGCAGUCCUCAACCUUCAGGAUAUGGUGGAGACAGAGGAUGGACAGACCAUCGAAGAGUAUGCGAAGCUGGCGGUGAAGGCGGGUGCCAUCCCCAAGUUGCAGGAGCUGGAGAAGUCUGAAGACAAAGAAGUUGUGACAUCCGCGCAGGAGGUGCUUGAAGCGCUUCAAGCCUAUGCAUAAGUUCCAUCUUGAGUGAAGCCUGCCACAAGCUGUCUUGCUUUUUUUUUGCUGGCGAAAGGGAGGUGUAUACGCACCUUUUGCUUUGGCAUCAAAGCCAAAGCCUUGUGAAUGAGCUCCACCAGACCAUGACAAGGGUGGUUUGCCAUCUCAAUUCCAUUGGCAUUGCCUGCUAUGGAGGUGGGUGUGUGCACGCUCA